CGCUGAUCUGUUAUGAAACUGCUGGAAAGGAGCUGGGGUAAAGCUAUUUGCUUUUCACUGUCAUUGCAGCCGUUUUACACCAUCUAGAAAACUGCGAACGGACGAUAUAUACCAGGAUGGCACACGACCUGAAAACACUGGCAGAGGACUUCAGACAGAAGAAUAAAAGUUGUUUUAUCCUUGGUGUCUCUGGAGAGACAGGCAAAGAGUUACUCAAAGAGAUUGUGGAGAUGAAGCUCUUCUCGAAGAUCACUGUCAUCGGAAGGCGGCAGCUCACAUUUGAAGACGAAGCGUAUGAGAACCUGGUGCAGGAGGUGGUGGACUUUGAGAAACUGAGUGACUAUGCUGCAGCAUUCCAAGGGCAUGAUGUUGGCUACUGCUGCCUGGGAACGACCAAAGCCAAAGCCGGGGCUGAUGGAUUCAUCCGUGUUGACCAUGACUAUGUCCUGAAGUCAGCGGAGCUCGCCAAGGCAGGAGGCUGCUCACACUUCAACCUCGAGUCUUCUAAAGGGGCUGACAAAACCAGUGGUUUUCUCUAUCUCAAAGUGAAGGGACAAGUGGAGGCAGACAUUGAGCCGUUGGGCUUCGAGAGGUACUCCAUCUAUCGCCCUGCGGUGCUGAUGGUCGACAGGCAGGAGAGCCGGCCUGCCGAAUGGUUUGCCAGGAAGGUCCUGGGCCCUAUUUCCUCCAUGUUUCCCACAGCGAUGUCCAUCCCCAUCCAAUCGGUGACCAGGGCCAUGGUGGCCAACACACUGAUCCCUGCAGGGGAGAAAGUGGAGAUCCUGGAGAAUAAAGCCAUCUAUGACUUGGGGAAGGCCCCAGAGAAAUGAGGGACAGGGAAGAGGGAAGGUGUGUCUCAAUAGCUUCAUUUCCUCAUCCCCUUUCCUCCAUAAACCACUGAUGUGGUUGUACCGCCACUGUUCUGUCUGGACAUGACAUGUGAGAGCAAUGUCAAGGGAAACUCUAUCCAGUCCUUUCACCCAUCAGUGAUAAUGAAGGAAAGGUCUUGAGGAAAUUUGAGUAUUGGGAACUCCGCCAGAGACUGGCGGUGAAGUGUGUUGUGCUACUGCCAUUUCAUGUGAUGGUGCUUCUUCUUCAUGACAAUAUAUUUUCUACUAACGACUUCCUUUGAAAGCAUGGAGGAGGGUUGACGACAAGUAUAAAGUUGAAUUUCUAGAGCAAUGCAGAUGCUCUCAGAGCACAUGGUUAAGCAUUAAAAGCUUCGUUGGCUUCAACUUGAGGUUCCUUUCAACCAUGAUAGUCAACACGGUAGCUAGCUCUCAAGUCCUAAAAAAACAUAGACUUUGCCUGCUUGAGCAGGUGUUGUUGAAUGUCUCGGUUUCUCUGUGGGAAUGAGUCCAAAGGGGAAUAUUUCCUUAUGAAAAGUGCAAUUUUUAAAGCUCUUCAUGGGUAAUGCAAAUAAGAUAUGAUUGGGAAAUGAUGAUGUAAUUAUGAAUACGGAAAUAUGCCUUCUGUUGUCUUUGUAUCCCAAGUGCUCUUUCCGAGUGCAGACUAUUUUUGUGGUCAACAAGGAGUUGGCUGAAGAGGAAACGGACUGGCACAGAGGCUAGAAUCGGUUUAAUAUAUUAGGUGAAGAGGGAAAUGUAUUGGACUGGUUCUUCUGUGUCCAUUAACUCAAAACGGUUUAGUUAGUAGAAGCUCUUUCAUCCAGCCUACAACGUUCAUGCUGUUUUAUGUAAGACCACAUCCUUAACCACUUUGAAAAAUGAUGCACUUACUUGAAGCGAGAGUUUAUUUUCCACAAGACUGAACCAUUGGAGAGGGAUUUUAAAGGCAAUAUGUCUGACUUGUCUUUGAUCACUUUUGUUUUCUGAGCAACGCUAAGCAUGUAAUUGAAUCAGGGGUAAUGUUGUGCAUACUCACAUUGACUUGGAUUUUUAUACAUUUUAAUUGUGGCGUUAUGUAAAUGCUAUGUAUUUAAGUGGUCUAUGCUUCUGUGUUACAUUAAACAACGAUGUAGUGGGCA